GGCGGGGCGGGGCGGGGCGGGGCGGGGCGGUGGGGAGCCGCGCGCACACCGGAGCUGUCCGUGCCCCGGUGCUGCAGCCCCGGCCGCUCCGCUCCCGCCCGCGCAUCCCCCCCGGGGCCGCGGGGCGGCGGGGCCCCGCUCACCGCCCAGUCCGGACACUCCCGCUCCCGCACCCCGGGAACUCGGCUCCACAGCAUCCCGGAUCCUCGGUAUCCCGGUGCUUCGGCGUCCCGGGAACUCGGAUCCACGGCAUCCCGGCUGCUCGGUACCCCAGUGCUCCAGCAUCCCAGGAACUCGGCUCCACAGCAUCUCGGAUCCUCGGUAUCCCGGUGCUCCGGCGUCCCGGGAACUCGGAUCCACAGCAUCCCAGCUGCUCCGUAACCCGGUGCUCCGGCAUCCCGGCUGCUCCGUAACCCGGUGCUCCAGCAUCCCGGGAACUCCGCUCCACAGCAUCCCGGCUGCUCGGUAACCUAGGACUCCGGCAUCCCAGGAAUUCGGCUCCGUUGCACCCGGGGAUCCCAGGAAUUCGGUGCUCCAGCUUCCCAGGAACUCGGUCCCGCUGACCCCGGCUCCCCGAUAAUCCAGUACUCCAGCUCCCCGGGCACGUGCACCCGCUGCACCCCAGCUUCCCGCUCCACAGCAGCUCCCCACACCGGCUCCCCAGCACCCGUGCCCCCCUGGCCCGUGGGCUCCCCAGCCCCCCAGGACCGCGACCAUGGCAUUCAUGGUGAAGAGUAUGGUGGGGGGGCAGCUGAAGAACCUGACGGGCGGCCUGGGUGGCGAGGAGAAGAGCGAGGGGGAAAAGUCUCCAGCUGAGGCACAGGGCAUGACCCGCGAGGAGUACGAGGAAUAUCAGCGGCAGCUGGUGGAGGAGAAGAUGGAGAGAGAUGCCCAGUUUGCCCAGCGCAAGGCAGAGAGGGCCACGGUCAGGUCCCACUUCCGAGACAAGUACCGGCUCCCCAAGAAUGAGACGGAUGACAACCAGAUUCAGCUGGUGGGAGGUGACGUGGAGCUGCCCAAAGAGCUGGCCAAGAUGAUUGAGCAGGACAACGAGGAGGAGGAAGAGAAGAACUCGGUGAUCGGCCAGCUCAGCAACAUCCAGAACCUGGACCUUGAUUCCUUGAAAGACAAAGCUUCGGCCACACUAGAGGACCUGAAGCAAUCGGCUGAGAAAUGCACCAUGAUGUGAGCCGGCUGAACCCCCUGCUCCCCGUCAGCGUGACGGGGGGGGAGACGGGAGGUGAUGCAGCCCAGGGUCUGGCGGUGGCUGCUGCCUGCAGCGGGGACCCCACUGAUGUUGUCACCCUUGCUUUGUGUGAGUUGGGUCCUCCCUCUGAGCCAUGUGAAGCCUCAAGUCCCUGACCCAGAUGUCCCUGAUGUGUGGUUUUUGUUUUGUUCUCCAGUCUGAGGUUAAAGCAAAGAGCCAGCAUGUCCCCCCGGUGCCCCAGCGCCUCCUCCUGUGCCCAUGGUAGUGGGUGUCUUCAGCAAGAGCUGGGGGGGUUGCAGGGAAGGAAAGCCCCGAGUGACCUUGGAGUGUUAUUGAACCAUGUCAGCAUGGGAAGGCAAAGGCUUUCCAGCAGAGUGGUGGCCAUACACCAUGCCUCUGCCUACACAUUCCAGCCAAGCCUCCUAGAAAUUACAGGGAGUCUCCAAUUUGCUUUGCAAGGAGGAGGCACAAC